AUGCGGUCCACUGACGGUCUGCUGGCACUGCUAUGGGUCAUAAUCGCCAUAGCUGUGACUGCGAGGACGCCGUAUGUCACGGCGGCUACGUGCCCACAGCCAAAUGAUGCAGUCCGGCGAUGUAAGUGUUCCAGCCGAGACAAUGAAAUCCAGAUAUGGUGUAGUCAUGGAGAUUCGAAGACCAUAUUUGAUGAGUUGAAGCAUUUAGCCUCAUCCGUAACAGAUCCAAUUGACGAACUAAUAUUGGAAAAUAAUGCCAUUUCGUCAAUGCCUGCCAACGCUUUUUCAACUUUAAAAAUUAUACGAUUAAUGUUACGUGAAAAUGGAAUUCAAAAAGUUGCUUCCAACUGGUUAUCUGAUCAAGAAACAAGCAUACUAGAAUUGUUUAUAGUAGAAGCAGAACUUAGAAGUUUUCCAGAGGAAAGUUUAAUGGUGUUACCUAGACUAGAAGCUUUAUCAUUAAUCGCAGGAUCAUUAACUCGACUACCAAUAAUAUCUGGCUUAGCUAGAUUGAGGUAUGUUCAAAUCGAAGCAUCUUCAUUAAUAAAUAUGGGAACAGGCAAUUUCUUGGGAUUGCCAUUUUUAGAACAGUUGCAUAUCACUGGUUCUCCAAAAAUGCAAAAAUUGGAUGUAGGCAGUGUACAGGAUUUGCCUCGACUAUUUUUGUUAAAUUUCACGGAUUGUGGAAUCACGUGGAUGCACCCUAGAGCUUUUGCUCGCUUGCCAUCACUUCUUGAACUAUCAUUAGUCGGAAAUAAGUUAGCUGAUGCGUCUAAUAUUGGAGGAGCAAUCAGAGAUUUGACAGCUUUGACUACAAUUAGACUGGAUAGAAAUGAAUUAGAAUUCAUUAAUGAAGCUACAUUCGUAGAUAUACCGUCGUUACGUUACGUUUACCUGUCCAACAACAAGAUAAGUGAUAUACGUAGGGGCGCGUUUCAUCGGAUGCCCAAUCUUAAGUCAAUCGAUAUGAGCAAAAAUCAAGUGCGUCAUAUUCACCCGGAAUCAUUCACGCCCAUCCGUGAUAACAAUCUAGAAGAAUUAUGGUUAUCUGAAAAUUCCAUAGACAAUGCGAUGACAAUAAGAUUAAUUUUAGACAUGUUUCCUAAACUUCGUUUUCUGGAUGUCAGCAGGAAUCAGUUACAGGACAUUGUUUACGGAUCAGUACAGGGGCAUUCGAGACUGGAAAUGUUGUACUUAGAACACAAUAAACUACAAAGGGUUGGCAGGGAAACGUUCACUGCUAUGCCAAUGUUAAGGGAAUUGAGAUUGGCCAAUAAUUCGUUGUCCAAUUACCUAGCAAUUCCUCUAUGGAACUUACCUAUGUUAAAAGGUCUUGACAUAUCGUUUAAUAAAUUUGACAAACUAGAACGACGCAUGCUAGCUACAUUACCAUCAUUAAGGCGAUUUGAUAUUAGUCACAAUGCUGUUUCAUCACUAGACCCAACCACAUUUAUCGACACUCCGAAUUUAGAACACAUCAACAUAUCUCGUAACAACAUAGAUUCUAUAAACUCUUUAACAUUAUCCCAUUUAUACCAUUUAUACGAAUUUGAUGCAAGUUUCAAUAGACUUAAUCAAUUUGUUGGUGGUAUGCCAAGGGCCAUUGAAUACUUAUAUUUAUCUCAUAACAAAAUAAUGAGCUUGCCAAGUGAUAGUUCAACAGAUUUACAUCUACCAGCCUUGAAACUUCUUGAUGUUUCAGAUAAUAAUAUUCAUAGAGUACCAGCUAAUUCAUUGACUGCUUUAAAUUUACUGCGUUGGCUUUACUUGGGCGGGAAUUCGAUGCAACAACUGGAUAAUGGAGCAUUUAGUGGAUUAAACCAAUUAGAAAUACUGACAUUAAACGAUAAUAAAUUAUUAAGUAUACAUUCGAACACUUUUAAGGAGUUACCACUUCUUAACGAAUUAAAUUUAAAAGGUAACAGAUUAGAGAUUUUAGAACCUUCUUUGUUGUCUAAUAAUGCAAAAUUGAAAAAACUCGAUAUAAGUCAUAAUAGACUAACUGAAAUUCAUGAAUCAUACUUUUCUGUAAAUAAGGAACUUGAAGAACUAUCUAUUUCUCAUAAUUCAUUAUCGGAUUUUCCAUCAUCGUUAGCAGCGAAUCCAAAUCUAAAAAUUCUAGAUUUAAGAAAUAACGAAAUUAAACAUAUGAAAAGUGGAAUGGUCUCGUCAAUGCCAUACUUAAAAGAGUUGUACUUGUCAGAAAACAACUUGAACAUUUUAAAUGAAGGGGCCUUCCAAAAGCUACCAAAUUUAACUAUUUUAGAAAUGGAAGGAAAUAAUCUAAACACAUUACCUUCGUAUGGCAUACAAAACUUGCCAAAUCUUAUGGUUGUAAAAAUGGCUAGAAAUAAAUUGGUGUCCUUACCAAGUGCAGCUAUGGUGAAUCUACCAAUGUUACAAAUUGUCGAAUUGCAACAAAAUCAACUCAAUGAGAUAGCAAGUGAUGCAUUUGUUGGUAUACCAAAUUUAAUUAUGAUGAACUUAAGUCACAAUUAUUUGAAUGGCAUGGAGAAAUCCGGUUUAAAUAAUUUAAGAAAUUUAGAAGUACUUGAUUUAAGCCAUAACAAAUUAAAACAAAUAACUACUAGAAGCAUACAAAAUAUGCACUCAUUAAUCAUGUUAAAACUUGAUAACAACAGAUUGUGUAACAUUAUUGGAAGCCCAUUUGAAGGAAUGAGCCGUUUAAGAGUAUUAAGCUUACGGGACAAUAAAAUGACUUCACUUUCUGAGUCUACGUUUAACAGCAUCAAACCCACAAUAUCCCGUUUGGAUGUCGAUGGUAAUCCAGUACACUGUGCUUGUAACAUGAAGUGGUUGCAAUCAUGGUUAAGAACGACUGCUGACAGUUUUGGCCCUAGGUGUGUCGAUGGUACUUUACUUAGAGAAAUGCCUUUUACAUCGAAACACUGCGACGAAAAAGAAUUAAACAGUUUAGAGGAAAAUAUUCCGGGCUGUGAAAUUGAAUCUGCAUCUGCUGUUAAUGCAAAUACAGGGACUUCUAAUAAAGUAACAACGUGGACAAACAGCGAAGAAUCGGAGAAAAAUAAACCACUGCCAGAAGAAACUGAUUAUUUUUAUGAUGACGUUGUCGAUCUAAAUGACAAAGAUGAACACCAAAGAGAUGUUUCAACCGAGAAAACAUUGUCAACAAUAUCUCCUGCAAUUUUAUCACACUAUGUACCCGGUGAUACACCAACAUUAUAUGCUAGUUCUCGGCCAAAUAGCUCUUCUUCUUACACCGAUGACCACUCAGUGCAAAGCAACGCCGGUGGUACUGCGUACACAUUUUUCGGCGUACCAAUACCGCCGCUAAACUUGAACAAUAUAUGGGGUCAAGCAAAAGGUACAGGUAAAAGACUCAAAGAUGGCAGGCGAAAUCCAUUGCCAAAAAGGACGUCAUCAACAGUAGACCAAGAUGGUUUUACGCCUAUGUUACCGGGCACUGGAGGUUUUCGGCCAACGAUGACUACUCCAGAUAAUUCUUUCUUCGGGGAAGACACAGAGAGCGAUGAUGAUGAAGAUAACAUUUACAGAAAUAACAGUUUAUCCAAUAAAAUUACGGGUUCCGGCAGUCCCCCGCGGUAUCAACUCAGCAGCACUACUGAAUCACCGUUCCGUUAUGAUAGAUUCUCCAGCAGUGACUUAAGUUUUUCAAAGUUCGUUAACAUCACAACUCGUGAUUCCUUAUACGAGUCGGCCACUAUAAAUUCAAUUAUUAGACCAACCGUUAAACCUAGUUUAACCAACAACCAGCAACAAACGUUGGCGACCGCUACCACUUUACAAAGCAAUGAUUCGGUUAACCAAUCUGAAAUUUCACUAGUUCAAUCCUCAACAGUGGGACCCACGACGAGGAGCUCGACGACCGAACAACAACGUCAGUUCGCAGUCGUCACGCAGACGGCCACCACAGCAGCGUCGACGAUGGCGCCCGGAUCGACUACAACAUUCACCGAAGCGGUCAACGUGUCCACGCCGUCGUCUUUGACCGGUUUCUUGGCACCUGGCGGACAGCUACCAGUGUUCAACGAUGGAACCGGUGGUCAAAUGCCGUCGGUUCACAAGGACGGAACCAAUGGUCAGCUGCCGUCAUCUCACAAAGACGUCGGAAGCGUAGUGGUGACCGGAAAACCGUCCAUCGUGAAAGUGACGCUGAGUCCGCCGGGUCAACAGAGCCAACAACAGCAACCACAGCAACCGCAGCAACAACCACAGCAUCAAAGGCCACAGGCGGCGGUAGAAGACGCGAAGUACUCGAAGAGCGCCGGCAGUAAUCAUCAGCAAGCAUAUCAACUUCCGCUGCCCACCAGGUCGGCGGACACGUUCCAGUCGACGCCGUUCAAGACGAGUUCGGCAAGCGACUGGUACUACGCCAACUACAAUAAGACCAACGUGGAACCGUUCGUCAGCAAGACGUCGUCCGCUGCGUCCCGCACCGGCCACCCGCCCACCAUUUCGGCCACGACGGCGAUUGCAGCGGCCGCCUUAACGGCCGUUUCCAGUUUCGGACGAUCGCCUACCGCCGUCGUAUUACCAUACUGUACUUUAACCUUUGUUCUAUAUUAUUAUCAUUAUUAUCAUAGUUAUUUUUAUUAAUUAAAUCGUUCGCGGAUUACAAAAUCUACCUUCCUCUGGAACGUAUUUAGGAGCGAGGCUUGGGCCCCGGUUGGUAAUAUUUUAGGGGCGGGAAAUUUAGGAAAUAUAAAAAGUAUUAGUUUUAAGUUAUUCUUAAAAGAGGACGCUUAAGAAACAGUGCUCCCGGACACUAAAAAUGUAAAUACGUCUCUGACCUUCCUCUAAACAGAAUUUUACUUAUAGGAUAUUAUAACGAUAUUGUGUAGAUUUAUAUUACGAAUUUUAAUGUAUGAGGGUAAAUCUUUGAACUCCAUACAUAGCUACAUACUGUAUAGCGUAUAAACUAUACAAUGAGUAAUGACUAUGUUAUUCGAUUCGAAUUCGUCCGUACUCUUGUAAUCAUUGGCUGAGGGAUCUGCGGCCUAUUCCUCGAAUUUUCUGAAAAUUUAACGGUGCCUCCGUCAGUAUUGUUUAAGCGUUAAAGUACAUAGGAUAAAACUAUCGUGUACUAAAACUGUUAAUUGUGCGAGGGAUGCUGUGAAAGUCAAAAAGGUCAUUUACCACGUGUCAUUAGGUGAAUCCUAUAGGUAAUUAAGCCUUACCUUUAUUAUAAACUAUCCGCUUCCGAAACAAAAUCCUAUCCACGCCACUUCUUAUAGUAUAUCAUAUUUCAACUGUUUAAUAAAAUGUAUCUAUUAAAUGAUUAUGACUAGGGCUCAGAAGUUGUAGGAGUUGCAUAUUGUUCUAUCUGCUAUCAAUUUACACCAGGCUAAGCUAGAAAUCCUUACUUAUGCGAAGGUCAGAAGGUAUGUUUAAACAUUAAAAGUUUAAAAUACAUAUUUUGCAUAUUUCAUACAUUUUAGGGAAGAAGU